AGUUCUCAUAUGCAAGAGACAGACUUCCCAGAUUCAGCCCUGUACAGCCAUCCUUGUGCACUUAUUUUCUCAUAAACAAAAUUAACUGCACCCAUGACUGUGAAGUAUGCCAUUUGCUGAAGAACGUUAACAUUAACAUUUGGAAUAAGGCAAGCUGAUGCUGCAAGAAAUUGAAAGCUGUAACUUUUGUCUGAAACUGCAUGGGAGAAAUGGAUCUCUUGAUGCAUGAACCUUUGGGAAUAAGGCUGAUUGGAUGAUGCUACUCUCUUUAAGAUUUCAAGUUUUAGAAUCAUGGCAGACGACGAAAAGGAGCUGAUACUUGAAGAAAGCGAUAAUCAAACUAUGUCUGCCAACUUAAAAUACCUUUCGCUGGGGAUAUUGGUCUUCCAGACAACGAGUUUGGUGCUGACUAUGCGCUAUUCCCGGACGUUGAAAGAAGAAGGGCCUCGUUAUUUAUCUUCAACUGCCGUAGUUAUUGCCGAACUUCUAAAGAUUAUGGCCUGUAUUUUGUUGGUUUACAAAGACAGCAAAUGCAGUCUACGAAGUCUGAACAGAGUGUUACAUGAUGAAAUUCUCAACAAGCCAAUGGAGACACUUAAGCUUGCUAUUCCUUCUGGGAUUUACACACUACAAAAUAAUUUGCUAUAUGUGGCCUUGUCAAAUUUAGAUGCAGCCACUUACCAGGUCACGUAUCAGUUGAAAAUUCUUACUACUGCACUGUUUUCUGUGUCUAUGCUCAGUAAGAAAUUAGGGCUAUAUCAGUGGCUUUCAUUAGUGAUUCUAAUGGCAGGAGUUGCAUUUGUACAGUGGCCAACAGACUCACAAACAGCAGCAACAAAAGAGCUUUCAGCAGGGUCACAGUUUGUGGGCUUGAUUGCAGUACUUAUAGCCUGUUUUUCAAGUGGAUUUGCUGGAGUGUAUUUUGAGAAAAUUUUGAAAGAAACAAAACAAUCCGUAUGGAUUAGAAACAUUCAGCUAGGAUUUUUCGGUAGCAUAUUUGGAUUGAUGGGUGUAUAUAUUUAUGACGGAGAACCUGUAUCAAAGAACGGGUUUUUUCAAGGUUACAAUAAGCUAACCUGGAUAGUAGUAGUGCUGCAGGCACUUGGAGGCCUCGUUAUAGCUGCUGUUAUCAAAUAUGCAGACAACAUUUUAAAGGGAUUUGCAACAUCCUUGUCUAUUAUAUUGUCAACGUUAAUCUCAUACUUUUGGCUGCAAGAUUUUGUCCCUACAAGUGUUUUCUUCCUUGGAGCUGUUCUUGUAAUAGCUGCGACAUUCCUAUAUGGCUAUGAUCCAAAGCCUGCAGGGAACCCUAUUAAAGCGUAGCAAGCUCUUCCAUGAUGGACCAUUUUACUAAAACUGUGCAUUAAGGACUUCAAAAUACCUCUGUAUGGAGGACCAUUGAACACAGGAAAAGAAGAGUUUAUGCUGUAUUGGAAGAAUGCUAUCAAAUAAUGGUUUAUAGAAGACCAGUGAGGGGAAGAAGAAAAACAGUGUGUACCUCUGGAAAAGAAGAGAGGCUGAAAGUAAAACUCAAAGGGAACACAUUGCUUCUAGGACCUGCAAUUAGAAAUGCUUCCACCUUGAACUCUUGAGAUUAAAUCAGAAUGAUUUACUGGCUUUGACUGCUACAGAAAUGUCCUAUGCACUCUUCUUGCAAGAGCACGUGACAACAUCCGUUGAAUCAUACCUGUUUUUGCAAAUUGACUUAGUAUGUUUUUAAAACAUCUGCAUAAAUACCAAAUCAAAAGAAAAGAAAGAAACAGAAGAGGAAUCUUGUUCUACCGGGAUGGUUUCUGAUUAGGUAUUCCGAUUCAAAAACUUGCAAAAUAUUAUUGAAUAAAUUUCAUUUUCAGAUUUUUAAUAUUUUAUAUAGAAAGCUGAAUUAAUAAACAGAAAUCGAUGUUGUAAAACAUCUAUAUAUGUUUCUUAACAGUGAUGAACAAUUUCUUUGAUAGAUUCCAUGAGAGGGAAAAUUUAAUACUUUUAUUAUCAUUUGUAGAUUAAGUCAACAAUGUUGUGUAUAUUGUCUGUUUAUAGUGGUCAGCUCACACAAACCAUGCUGACUGCACCUUUCUUAUUUAUUUAAAUGGGGCCACACUGAAGACUCACUGAAACAAAUGGAGGUGGCAUAGCUACCCGUGAAAUCAUGUUUGUUCUCAUACAGGUUGAGGAUCCCUUGCCCUGAAAUCUGAAAUAUUCCAAAAUCCAAAAUUGUCCAUAUGAGUGGUCAAGAUAGUAGCACCUUUGCUUUCUUGUUUUUCAGUUUACAUAAACUUUGUACAAUUACUAAAAAAUAUUGUGCAUAAAUUACCUUCAGGCUAUGUAUAUACGAAACAUAAAUGAAUUGUACAUUUAGACUUGGGUCUCAUCUCUCAGAUAUCGCAUUAUGUAUCUGCAAGGAUUCCAAAAUCUGACAAAAAUCCAAAAGCACUUCAGAAGGGGAUGCUCCGUCUGUAUUGAGAAAAUGGCCAAAGUGCAAGUUUUGGUGCCAUUACUGGUUCUGAAUAUGGGUCUGUUUGUUCAAAGAACAAUUACUUUUCUUGACAAGAAAAAAAUGUAAUUAACAUACAAUACAUUUUGUUGUUUACAAAAUUUAUUUGAAAAUAUUUUUAAGAUAUUUUUGAAAUUUGCCAUGCAAUUGUUUACAGGUACUGUAUUAUAUGAUUCCUUUUGGAGCUAUGGUUAUAUAUCAUCUGUAUAUACUGUACAAUAUUACAGAGCUUUAAAAAAACAUGAGAUGGUGUAAUUAAAGUAAUUCAGUCCACUUCUUAAAUUCCCUUUUUAGAAUACAUGCCAGUUGCAUUAACCAAGAAAUGAAAACUGUUAUUGUGCAAUAAUGACAGGCUUCCUCCUGGUGGGAGCCGAGAGACAACUACGGGACCCCAUACCCUCUGUGAGCAUUCAUAUUGGGAAAAGGUUGAAUGGGUUCCAGUGGCAAAUAAUUGAGACCAGUAAGGGCUUCACUGGACAUAUGAUAAUCCUUAUAAACAAACAUAGUUUCAGUUUCAUACCCAUACUAUUUUGGUGGCUUCAGAGAUGAAACAUGAUGCAGAAGUAAUCUGUUGCAAUAAAUGUAUAUUGUUUCCGUG